CAAGAUGGCUUGUCUCAUAUGGCUGCUCCACUGUCAAGCAAAAUCCAAAUGCCUUAUUUUUCAUAUAAAUUCACUGGUUUCACUGAUCAUACCCAGCCCUAUGUUCUGUUUUAAAAAUAAACCAUCUCAAGGGAUUUCUUCCUCCUCAGUCAACUUUGCAGGUCUAAAGAGGUGAUACUUCACUGGAGCAGUCUGUCCAGUGUGUAAAUGGAAAAAUUUCAGGGUUCGGAAGGCAAGAAGGAAGAUGAGGAAAAGAAGUAUCUUGAUGUCAUCAGCAACAAAAACAUAAAGCUGUCAGAGAGAGUUCUGAUCCCUGUCAAACAAUAUCCAAAGAGCACUCAAAGGCCAAAACUAAGAUGGAGACAUCCUUUGUACUCAAUACACUUAAUAAGUGCACUGGUGUUUCUGCAAGGAGCUGACAAUCUAGAAAACACAAUGAUGAAUUUAGAACAAGUGACAACUGUAGCAAAACCUUCUGAGAUCAUAAUCCUGCUACUGAGGUACUACUGGAACAACAGUGGGGCAGUCCCUUCAUUCCAGUCAGAGAGGGAUGGAAAAGAAGAGAAGCGAUUCCCCUAGAAAGGAUUCCCACUUAGCUCUAUGUCUUCUGCAUUCUCCCAAAACCCACUUGUGAGCAGACUGUAAGGUGCACUGUUUUAGAGGGAGGCACUCAGUAAAAGAACAUUUUUUUAGCGAAGAGCACUUAAUGUUGCUUGUAGAUUGGUGUUAAAAUGUUCCCUCGUCCUUGUAAGACCAGAAGCUUCCUUAAAGAAUUAGAUAAAAGGGCUUUUCCAGGGUAAAUAAUUUAAUUCUAAAUGUUCGCAUGUAAAAUAGGUUCUCUGAGAGCACCAUUUUGUUUGUUUGUUUGUUUUUAAAUUAGUAAGCUGACAAUUUCUACUGUAAAGUUAGUGAAAUGGGAACACCCAAGAAAAGGUAGUUAUUGCACUCUUGGGACUAUCACCUAAAUAUAGAACCUGAUCAAAAACAUUGAAAGCCAUUGGAAAAGCCUCUGCUGCUCAGCUGUUUCUCUGAUAAUGUCUGUUUGAACAUGCUAGCUCUCUUUACCUACAUAUCUUCUUACACCUUGGAACCAGGGGUUUUAUUCCCUGGUAUUUGCACUUUUUCUGAAAGCAGAACCUCACAGGUCCACUUUUCUUUUCAGGUUUCUGUAUAGAAUUAAAGUCACUAUGGAAAAAGAUACUCAAAACCAAAUGUUUGUUGCAUGAAGAACGCACAUAUGUGCACACACGUAGGAGGACCUUUUAAGAUGAGCGAUUCACGUGACAUAGCAACUGACAAAAUGUGGCUAAUUUUACCAUCAUCAACAUGGGAAAGAUUUGUGUUGCAUAGAGACAGUAUGCAAAAAUUGCACAAACUGCAAUAAACAUAUCAUCUUAAGAAAACUAGUUUAUUCUUGUGUAGUACUGUCCUGUACAAAAACAAACAAAGAAAAUCACACUAGACUGUGUAACAUUAGGCUUUUAUAAAAAGAUCACUUUUUUCACAAUGGAAAUAUGCUCCUAAGUGUUUAUUGUAAACUGUGUCCUUAUGUUUAGAAAGCUGGAUUAUUCUCAGCUCCCUUGUCUUAUCCCCCCCUCAAAACGGCAUCUAUAUGGCAUUUUCCUGUGGAAGAAAAUAAACAUCAGUUUUGCUUACAGUUUAAUUUCCUGGUAAAGGAUGAGGGGAUCUAGUGAUGGAGUGUAGAACAAGCCACUUAAUGCAUUUAAGAAAGGCAUCUGAGCCAUAUUACAACUGCUACAACCAGCUUGGAACAGAGUACAGAGAGUUGUAGAGGUUAUCUUUAAUUCAAGUUACUGUGUUUUAUACCAGCAGCACUUAUGCUUGGUCUGUUCUGGCAGUCACUGUUAGCUUCAGUUGUUACUUGAAGAAUUCUUUAGCACUUUGGCCGUAAUGGCUUCAGUGUUGCUAAGGGUCAAGCUUCAGUUUCAAAUAGUUUGUGUUUAUUCCCCAGUGUGCUAGUUUGACUGCUCUCAGUGUAUGCUGUUGUAAAGGUGGUGUUUGUAU